AUGAAAUAUACCAAAGCAUACGCAUCACCCCAGGGCCCCGGUGACGCACGACCGACAGCCUUGCAGAUAGUCAAAGAUGAAAGCCGUGAAAACGACCUUGAGGGCAAAGUGAUCCUCAUCACUGGCUGUUCAUCCGGGCUAGGAAUUGAGACCGCUCGAGCUCUGUUUCGCACUGGAGCAACGCUUUACUUGACUGCUCGUGACCUUGAAAAGGCCAAGGUUGCUUUAAAAGAUCUCAUUGAUAGUCCUCGGGUGCAUCUUCUGCAUCUAGAUUUGAACUCGCUUGAUAGUGUCCGCGCAUGUGCUGAACAAAUAAAGUCUAAAACAAGAAACCUGAAUAUUCUCAUUGAGAAUGCUGGGGUAAUGGCUUGUCCUGAAGGCCAAACUGCCGACGGAUUCGAGAUCCAAUUUGGCACAAACCAUGUGGCCCAUUUUCUAUUAUUUUACUUGCUCAAACCUCUUUUACUUUCUUCAUCGAUAUCUAGUUUCCAUUCUCGGGUCGUCAUUGUUUCAUCUAGCGCUCAUCGCGUCACCCCGGUUCACUUUGAUAACCUCAGCUUGCAAGGCGAAUAUGAGCCUUGGAAAGCCUACGGCCAGAGUAAGACCGCCAAUUUAUGGAGCGCCAAUCAGAUUGAAAGACUUUACGGAUCUAAAGGUCUCCACGCUUUCAGUUUGCAUCCAGGUGCAAUUGCAACUGGACUUCUUCGGCACGUCUCUGACCAACAAAAGGAGGAGUGGAACACGGAUGCCUACAUCCAAAAAUACUGGAAAAGUCCGGAGCAGGGUGCAGCAACUACCGUCUGGGCCGCUGUAUCUCGGGAGCUUGAAGGAAUUGGAGGGAAGUAUUUGGAUGACUGUCAAAUCGCAUCACCUGCAGACCCCACAAAGCGGCAUGGACCCGGUUAUGCUCCGUGGGCAUACGAUCCAGAUGGGGAGGCAAAGCUAUGGGAGGAGACUUUGAGAUUGCUCAAAUUGAAUGACGAGUAA